GCCAGUCUACCUGUGUAGUGCGGGGAGGGAGGAUGUGCUGUGUAUGUCCUUAUGGCCAUAUUCAUUAACCAGGAAUUCUGCAAUGAGACCGCAGUGUUUAACAUAGUAGAUGCAGGGAUAGUGUCCCUAUGAGUGAGUGGGCUAGGAAAAUGACCUCAGCUAAGUUCGAGAGUGGUUGAGAUUUGUAAAAGUGCGCCCAAGAUCGUCGGAGCAGUGAUACUUGCCCUCGGGGCUCCCGUGGUUGUUUUUUUUUCUUUUUUUUUUUUAAUAUUGUGUAAGAAGUACAAGGCAACUAAUACAUCACUAUGGAUUACCGUACAAGAAGUAGUUUAACGCUCUACAUCUACAUCGUCUCGACAAUGAUAACAAAGGUGUGGAGCGCGGACGUGGUGAUCCAGAUCCCGCCCGAACGAGUGCGGGACCAGGACGGCUACUACCGCUUGGACUACUGGCCGCCGCAGGGCAUCCCUCAACCCAACACCACCUUCAUGCCCUCGGAAGUCGUGGCGGGCGUUAAGCUCACGCGGGCGCUCCCUGGCACCAAGUACGACUUCCAGCUCUACUACACCAACGCCACCAUCAACGACUACCCCACCUGGACGGCCUCCAUCACCACAGUACCGAAGCCGCCCACCAACCUGACCAUUCCCAGCAAGAAGGGCAAGAUGGUGUCCGUGACGUGGGACCCUCCCGUGAUCGGCGAGUACUCCGCCUUCAAGCUAAAGGUCAUCCCCCUGUCGGAGCCGCAGAACAGCAACAAGAACAUCAUCAUCACCGAGAGCCAGCUCCCCUUCCAGAUGCGGGAGCUCACGCCCGGCGCCUCGUACGAGCUACAGCUCUUCACCGUCUAUGAAAACAAGGAGAGCGCCGCCUACGUGGCCACCAACUUCACCACGCGUCCCAACGCCCCGGGCCGGUUCAUCGUGUGGUACAGGAACGAGACCACCAUGCUGGUGCUGUGGCAGCCGCCGUACCCGGCCGGGAUUUACUCUCACUACCGGGUGAGCAUCGACCCCAGCGACGCCGCCGACAGUGUCCUGAGCGUGAAGAAGGAGGGCGAGCCCCCCGGCCCCGCCCAGGCCGCCUUCCACGGCCUCGUCCCAGGUCGCGCGUACAACAUCACGGUGGAGACGGUGAGUCAGGACCAGAUCUCGGAGCCCACCACGGCCGAGUACCGCACCAUCCCGCUGCCGCCCCGCAACGUCACCUUCGACCUCAAGACGCUGACGCCCUACUCCUUCACCGUCCGCUGGGAGGCGCCCAAAGGAAGGGGGGAAUUCGACCGGUAUCAGCUGAGCCUGGACCAGAAGAAGCAGAUGCCGCUCAUCAUCAACGCGGACCAGCCUCGGGAGGCCACGUUCGACUCCACCGACGAUUCCAGCAUCGAGCCCGGACGCACCUACGACGUCCUCAUUAAGACGGUGUCGGGCAACGUGGCAUCCUGGCCCACCACGGGCAACGUGACCACGCGACCACUGAAGGUUUUGAAUCUGAGGAUUGAAGAUGAAUCGACUCCGGAAGUCAAGGUGGGCUGGGCACCAGACCCAGGCUCAACGCAGGAUCUCUACAAGGUGCUAUACCAAGAGGUAGAAGCUUUUAACGGAGAUUCACGCACAAGGAUGGUUGUAGAAGAAGUUGCAAGGGAGGAACUUUAUCCUGGCAGAAAUUACUCAGUGUCUGUCUCUGCUGUUUCAAAUAAUAUUGAAAGUGAAGCUGUUUCUCUCUACAUAGUCACUAAACCGGCAUCUCCAAUCAUUGAAGAGCUACAGCCAAUUCCUCGGGGCCUCAACAUAUCUUGGAAAAGUGAUGUUACUUCUCGCCAGGAUAAAUAUGCUGUAGUUUAUAUCAGAAAUGAUACAGGUGAACCUGUUACACGGAAGAUAGAGGAGGAGCAUGUUCUGUUAGAGGAUCUGUUCCCUGGAGCUGGAUAUGAGAUUAAAGUGUAUGCCAUAUCACACAAUCAGUGGAGUGAACCUCAUGUAUACUUUCAAGCAGUGUACCCAAAUCCUGUCCGCAAUCUGACAAUCAGUGACACCACAAAUACUUCUGUGAUCUUAGCAUGGCAGCCCCCAAUAGGGUCCUUAUUCACGCACUAUAUCGUUAGGUACCGAACUGUUGAAUCAAGAGACUGGGUUGUGCUGCAAGCAGUUAAUAAAACUGUAGCAGUUGUUGACCACUUGCAACCAGGAGAGCGUUAUGUAAUACAAGUUCGUUCAGUCUCUCAUCGUGUUGAAAGUUUCACUCCUCAAGAAGUUGAGCAUACUGUUCCACCAAACCCUGUAAGAGGAAUUACUCCAAUUCUUGAUUCUCAGAAUAUUACCUUUGAAUGGCCUAGACCAGAAGGCAGAAUUGAUUUAUAUACUAUUAUUUGGUGGAAUGAUGCUACUCCAGAUAGAAAGAAAUCCAAAGAAAUUCCAGGGACCCAAGCAACUGAAGGAAUAGAGAGAAAGUUGACCAUUUUGAUUGGAGAGCUGAGGCCAGGAGAGCUGUAUCAUUUCCAGGUAUAUACCACUGCUAAUGAAGUGAACAGCAAGGUUGCAGAACUCUCUAGCAGAACAAUGCCCGUCAUCACGUCAGAUAUAACUAUUGUUAAUCUGCUAGAAACCAGAUCAUUCACUAUCAGGUAUACUCCAACGCCACACUCUGUAGCAACUUUUGACACCUACAGAUUCAUGCUGUCUGAUCCAUCUAUACCUGUUAAGGAGAAAUCAGCAGUUGAUGAUGAUCGUAAGAUAAUAUUCAAUGGACUAGUGCCAGGUCGAUUGUAUAACAUCACAGCCUGGACAGUAUCAGGAAGUGUAACUAGCCAGCCACUCAUACGCCAAGAUCGACUGUAUCCUGAACCUGUCUCAAACAUCAGUGCUUCAGACAUAUCAGAUACUGAAAUUACUUUAUCAUGGAGUAAACCAAAUGGAGAUUAUGAUUCAUUUGAGGUGCAAUAUCUCCGUGAUAAGGAACUCUUUACCAAUAACACAAAGCAGGAUUCCAUUACCAUCACAAAAUUGCGACCACAUCGCAAUUAUACUUUUACUGUUCUUACUAGAGCUGGAAGCACUAAGAAGUCAACACCUGUGUCUGCAGCAUUUACAACAAGAGAAAGCACUCCUGGGAAGGUUGACGAAUUUGAACCAAUUGAAGUAAAACCCAACCAAAUCACAUUUAGGUGGUUAUUACCCCCUGAUGAGCAAAAUGGUGUUCUUUUAGGCUUCAACAUUAAAUAUGGAAUCAAGGAUACUGCUCCAAUAAAGGAAAGACAUUUUGGGCCUGAUGAACGGUCUGGUGAAAUCCCAGAUCUCAUCCCUGGGAAAACUUACUCCUUCCAAAUAGAGGCCACGACAAAGAUUGGUUCUGGACGCAUAAAAUAUUGGGAAGAAACCAUGCCAGUUUGGCCACCUCCUCAACCAGGCAUUCAGGUUUUCCCAACCGAAGUAUCCCGUACCUCAACUACUAUUCGUAUUCGUUACCGGAAAAAUUACUUUUCCGACCAAUAUGGGAAAGUUGUUGGAUACACCAUCAUCGUUGCAGAAGAUUCUUCCAAGCAAUCAGAAGGGCUUGAGUUACCUGCCUGGCAAGAUGUUCAGAGCUAUAAAUUCUGGCCUCCAUAUCAGGUUACAGAAAUGUACUAUCCAUUUAACAAAACACAAAUCGAAGAUUUUGAAAUUGGGAAUGAGGACUGUGAUAAUCGUGCUGGUUAUUGUAAUGGACCACUUAAACCAGGAACUACGUACAGGGUUAAAAUACGAGCUUAUACAGAAAGAACUAAGUUUGCUGACACACACUUCAGUCAUUCAAUUACAACAGAUUCAGAGAGUGGGAAUGUUGGGUUAGCAGUGGCAAUCCCAGUCCUCCUCCUUGUGUUGAUUGUAGUUAUGGUAAUGAUCAUAAGACGACGAAGAGCUUGUGGAUUCACAAAAAGGGCUCCAGAUCCAGGCAAUGACAUGCAUUCUCUUCCAGAUUCUAUAAUAGAAACAAGCCGUCCAGUGAAAUUGCCAGACUUCGUAGCACAUUACAGAUUUAUGUCUGCAGACUCAGAGUACCACUUCUCAGAAGAAUAUGAAGCACUCAGUCAUGUUGGAUGUGAUCUCCAGCGCAAUGCUGCAUAUAUGUCUGUCAAUCGCCCAAAGAAUCGUUUCACAAAUAUUUUGCCUUAUGACCAUUCUCGCUUCAAAUUGCAACCCACAGAUGAUGAAGAGGGGUCUGAUUAUGUCAAUGCAAAUUAUGUACCAGGUUAUAAUUCUCCAAGAGAGUUCAUAGUAAGCCAAGGUCCUCUUCUAUCCACCCGGGAUGAUUUCUGGAGAAUGUGUUGGGAAAGUAAUUCACGUGCUAUUGUGAUGCUGACACGCUGUAUAGAAAAGGGUCGUGAAAAAUGUGACCAUUAUUGGCCCUAUAACACACAACCUGUUCGUUACGGAGAUAUUCAAGUGACUAUCCUCAAUGAGAGUCGUUUCCCAGACUGGACCAUCUCGGAAUUCAGAGUUUGCAAGGGAGAUGUUUGUCGAGUGGUUCGGCACUUCCACUUUACGACCUGGCCAGAUUUUGGUGUCCCUGACCCACCACAAACACUGGUCAGAUUUGUACGAGCUUUCAGAGAAAGAGUUGGUCCAGAUCAGAAGCCAAUUGUUGUGCACUGCAGUGCUGGUGUUGGGAGAUCUGGAACUUUCAUUGCCUUGGACAGGAUAUUAUUCAGCCUUCGGACAUCUGACUAUGUGGAUAUAUUUGGUAUUGUUUAUGAGAUGAGGCGAGAAAGAGUAUCUAUGGUACAAACUGAGCAGCAGUAUAUAUGCAUCCACCAGUGCCUUCUAGCUGUUUUAGAAGGAAGAGAAAACGAACACCCAGUACAUGAAAUUCAUGAUAACCAGGGUUAUGAAGAUGAUGAAGGGAUAGUGGAGUCGGGUAUGUGACAGGAGGCGUAUGGGUUGCAACCACUUGCAACCUAUACUAAAUAUGGAAAUGACAUGAGUAUUGGACCAGACAGACCUUGAAAACUUGUCCUAAGAAAAAAGAGUUCAGGAAUAUAAGGAAAAUUGUAUUUUUUAUAAAGAUGAUUUCAACUACUUCAACUCAAGUACUGUAUCAGAUAAAACUAAUUUAGAUCUAUAUGGUUGUUUGUAAUUAAUUUACCAUUUCUGAAGUGCUCUAUAUAGAGUGAUGGGAAUCUGUGUGGUUAGUUUUUAGUAGGAAUUAAUAGGCUAAAUUAUCAUUUAGCUAAACUGAAUAUUGGUUUAUAAUUUUUGAAAAUCAAAUUUUAUUGAAAAUGAACAGUAUACCAAUAACCCCUUUGUAAAUAGUGAAAACUGGAAUUCAGUAUAGUCAUAUUUGUUAUAUGUAUAAUUGUGCAAUUUAAUGUCAGUGAAGAAAAAUGUAACCAUAGCAAGUAAAACAAGUGCCAUUACAUUUGAGAGAAAGUAAGAGGUAAUGAUUCCGUCCUCGAAUAUUUUAUUUUAUUCUUUUCACAUAAUUGUAAAAAGCCACCUUCUAACAUUCUUUCUCUCCUUCAUCUUUUCACUCUUUUCUUUAUGAUAGUGAAGCGUGUUCAAAUACAUCAUGGCAUUAUUGUUGUGGAUAAUACCAUUUUAUAUGUAAAUGAAAUGUUGCAACAGUGCCUACAGGUACAUGACUACAGGUGAUGUAGAGUAGCUUCAGAUUGUAUAUGUAUUAACUUAUUGUUUGUUUUUGUAAAUAUAUUAUAACUAUUUUUUUAAGUUUAUACUUGCAUAUUGAAACCAUUCAUGUAAAAUGAGGGUUUGAUACUGGGGCCACAAAAUGAUAUAAAAGAUAUGGAUUAUGGUUUUAUGGAUGUUGUUGUAUAGGUUAUAUGUAUAUAUGUGUACAUUAUUUUUUUGUGUAUUUUUAUAUUUUUUAGGACUUUGUUAUGACUAUCCUCUUAUGAAAGCUGAACAUUUCAUGUAAGUAGAAUCAGCUGUGUUAGAGGAUUCCGUUAGGGUUCACUUGUGUAAAAUCAAUCAUAAGUAAGUAAUUGACGUACAAGAGUUUUUGUUAAUAUUUUCUAACAUGGGAAAUAUCUGUGUGUUCUAUUUUUGUCAAAACACUGAAUACUCUAUCAAAGUGUGUUUGAUUUUCAAAGCAUCAUAUAGCUUGAUGUACAUGUCUUUUUGCAAUUAACAGUUAACAGGUCUUUGCAUCUGCUUACCUCAUGAUUAUGCUCAAUGAUCAAAGCUUCCCUGUGAGUUGUUUCAUUUGUAAUUCAUGUACAAUGUUUGUAUUGAUUUUUAAAACCCAGUAUAUAUUUGUGCAUACAAACUUGUGUAUAUAUGAAUAUGCAUGAUUGUACACAUAUUAGUAUGCGAAUGUGCAUUUAUACAUAUACACUUUAUUUUUCUAGAGAAUAUUACUAUAAUGCAAAUAAGAAAUUUCAGUGUAGAGUAUCCACAGGGUAAAGGAAUAAAGGACCUGCUCUCCUUUAGGACCCAGUGAUAUAUCUUCUCUCUCUUUUGGCUUCAUUGGAUUAGCCAUGUAUUUUUUUUUUUAAUCUGAGCAUCUGUUGGUUCUUUAUGAAAUAUGCUAUUAGAGGAACAUAUGACAGUUGUAGUCAGUAAUUCAAAAAAACGUAUUCCAACUGGUUAUGAAUUUACUUCAGGUUUAGAUUUCAGUGAAUUAGACUACUUGUUUUAUUAUCUUUAUUACUAUUAUUUAUAUAUUUUUUAUUUCAUUAGCAGUAUUAUUAUUAUUGUUAUUAUUAUCAUCAGUAUUAUUGUUAUUGUUAUUUUUAUUAUCAUUAUCAUUAUUGUAAUUAUUUUCAUUAUUAUUUUUUGUUGUAAAACAAAUCUAAUUAUAGUUAAAUAUUAAUUUUAUUAUGAUUUUCAUGCUUAUGACUAUGGGUAUGAUUAUUAUGAUUAUUAUUAUUAUUAUAAUUAUUAUUAUUAUUAUAAUAAUAAUUAUUAUUAUUAUUACUGCUACUACUAUUAAUACUCCUACUAUUAUCAUCAUUUCCUUUACUAUUAUUAAUAUUAUUUUUACCAUCAUUAUUUUUAUUAUCAUUAUUGAUAUUAUUUUCAUUAUCAUUAUGUUCAUAAUAUUUUUUUUUUCUUUAUUAUAAGCAAUUGUUGUAAAUAGCAUAAGAAUACUAUGAAUAGCUGGCUGUCUCUUACUUAACACCUGAAAUUUUAAGCCACGUUAAGGCUUGCUGACUUGUAUGUGUGCUAAGCCUUAUUUAUACAUAAGGUUUAAAAAGUGAAUGUAUGAUGAUGAUUUUUUUUAUAUAUAUAAAUGGAACUUUUUUCUUUUAUAAAGCAAAUAAUAAAAUUAUUACAAGUAAA